AUGGCUCCGCCUGAUUUCAAAGCUCUAUUCCCCGCGGGGGCAGCGUUCAUCGCAUUCAUCCUCACUCUCCUCUGCCUGUUCGCGGGAACCCAAAGGAACCUGCUCGACAACGCCGACCUUCUCACCCUCUACACCCCCGAAGGCGGAUCCACCAAUGUCCUCGAGUUCUAUUCCAUUCAUGUCAUGUCAUACUGCCAAGGAACAUUAGGGACGGUCGAGCCAGGUACACCAGGCAGCGCGCGCAACGUGACGCAGUGUUCGGACCGCCAGAUUCUUUUCUCAUUUGAUCCGACCGACGCCUGGUCGGAAGCCACUACACAUGAGUCAACACUAGAAUGGCCACGGGUGAUCAGCGACGACUUCCACGCCUUUCGACUGACCACUCAGUCGAUGACAGUGCUGUACUGUAUCGGGGUGAGCGCGAUGGGCGCAGCUCUCCUCGUGCGGGUGUCGUCAUUCAUCGCGAAGAGGGUGCAGCAGGGAGUAUUUGAGUUUGGAUUUUUAGUGCUGGGAUGCCUAAGUAUAAACAUAGCGUCUAUUAUUGCGACGGUGGUAGCGUUUGAAUUUGUGGCUUUGAUCAAUGCCCACGGGGAUGGAUCCAACGUGUCGGCUAGCUACGGGUCAAAGUUCCUCGGCAUGACUUGGGCGGCUGCUGGGUUAUUGUUGGCGGGAUGCAUCGCCAGUUUCGUUAAUGUUUUUGUCCGGGGAUCGCACGUGGAGGUAGCUCCGGCCCCGAAAGACGAGGAGGAGGGGUAA